CCUCCUCGUGCACAGCAGGCAAGCUUGUACCCCGGCUGCACCCCGGGGCCCCCCGCCGUGUGCUCAGAGCCAGGCUCCGGGUUUAAAGACGCCCCCGCGGGGCCGGCCCACGACCCGCCGCGUCAGCGCCGGCGGCUCCCGCACCGGUACGCAGCGCCCACUCGCGGGCCCACGCAUCGCCGCCUAACCUGGGCCUGCAGCCUGAGCCCCCGCCCCCCCACGCACGGGGUCCCCGUCUCCGCCCGCGGUCACGUGGCGCGCCCGCCCCCCCGCGCCGAGCUGUAAAAGGACGGAGCCGCGCGCGCAGCCGUCCGUCGUGGGCGCCCGGGCUCUGCAGCCGCGUCCCCUCCGCUCGUCCCCGCCCCGGCGCCGGGCUGGGAGCCGCCCCGGGAAACUUGCUGGCGCAGAGGUGGCGGGCCGGGCCGGGCCGGGCCGAGGGAGCCGGGGUGCAGCCGGGUCCCCCGCCUCCUCGGCGAGCGCCCCGUGGCCCGAGCCCCGCGGGGAGCGCAGCUGCGGGGCGCGCGGCUGCCGCCGCCUCCACGCGCGAGCCACCAUUCCAGCCUGUGAGUCUUUGAGAACAUUAUAAUGUCUCUUUGUGCCCCUUCUUGCAAGGAGUUCUCCCAGCUGCUACCUGUUCAAGACAUGGAUAUCAAAAACUCACCGUCCAGCCUUCACUCCCCCUCCUCCUACAACUGCAGUCAAUCUGUUCUCCCGCUGGAGCAUGGCCCUCUGUACAUCCCUUCCUCCUAUGUAGACAAUCGCCAUGAAUACUCGGCCGUGACAUUCUAUAGCCCUGCUGUAAUGAAUUACAGCAUUCCCAGUGGGGUCAGUAACACAGAAGGUGUGCCUGGUCGACAGACCACAAGUCCCAGUAUGUUAUGGCCAGCUCCGGGGCACCUCUCUCCUCUAGCAAUCCAUUGCCAGUCGUCACUUCUGUACGCAGAGCCUCAAAAGAGCCCUUGGUGUGAAGCAAGAUCACUAGAGCACACCUUGCCUAUAAACAGGGAGACGCUGAAAAGGAAGGUGAGUGCAGGCAGUUGUGCCAGCCCAGCUGCCAGCCCCGCUUCUAAGAGGGAUGCUCACUUCUGCGCAGUCUGCAGCGAUUAUGCGUCUGGGUAUCACUAUGGAGUCUGGUCAUGUGAAGGAUGUAAGGCCUUUUUUAAAAGAAGCAUUCAAGGACAUAAUGAUUAUAUUUGUCCUGCUACGAAUCAGUGUACCAUAGAUAAGAACCGGCGGAAAAGCUGCCAGGCCUGCCGACUUCGAAAGUGCUAUGAAGUAGGAAUGGUGAAGUGUGGCUCCCGGAGAGAGAGGUGCGGGUACCGAGUGGUGCGAAGACAGAGAAGUCCCGGGGAGCAGCUGCACUGCCUGAGCAAGGCCAAGAAGCACGGGGGCCACACGCCCCGGGCAAAGGAGCUGCUGCUGAGUGCGCUGAGCCCCGAGCAGCUGGUGCUCACCCUGCUGGAGGCCGAGCCGCCCAACGUGCUGGUGAGCCGGCCCAGCGCUCCCUUCACCGAGGCCUCCAUGAUGAUGUCGCUCACCAAGCUGGCCGACAAGGAGUUGGUACACAUGAUCGGCUGGGCCAAGAAAAUUCCGGGCUUUGUGGAGCUCAGCCUGCUGGACCAAGUGCGGCUCUUGGAGAGCUGCUGGAUGGAGGUGCUGAUGGUGGGGCUGAUGUGGCGCUCAAUUGACCACCCCGGCAAGCUCAUCUUCGCUCCAGACCUCGUUCUGGACAGGUCCUCAGAAGACCCUCAUUCGCACGGCAUGCAGAUGAAGAAUGAUGCCUCAAGGGAUGAGGGGAAAUGUGUAGAAGGAAUUCUGGAAAUCUUUGACAUGCUCCUGGCAACAACUUCAAGGUUCCGUGAGCUAAAACUCCAGCACAAAGAGUAUCUGUGUGUCAAGGCCAUGAUCCUGCUCAACUCCAAUAUGUACCCUUUGGCUGCAGCGACCCAGGAGAUGGAGAGCAGCCGGAAGCUGACUCACCUGCUGAACUCGGUGACAGACGCUCUGGUCUGGGUGAUCGCUAAGAGCGGCAUCUCCUCCCAGCAGCAGUCCAUUCGCCUGGCCAAUCUCCUGAUGCUUCUGUCUCAUGUCAGGCACAUCAGUAACAAGGGCAUGGAACACCUGCUCAGCAUGAAGUGCAAAAAUGUGGUCCCAGUGUACGAUCUGCUGUUGGAGAUGCUGAACGCUCACACGCUUCGUGGGUACAAGUCCCCGGUCCCUGGGUCCGAGUGCAGUUCGGAAGAGGACAGCAAGAACAAGGAGGGCUCACAGAAUUCGCAGUCUCAGUGAUGCCCAGCCCUGAGAAAACACCUUACAGGUUUCAGAAUGAAUGGUGGAAAUCUGAUUGGAAAUGUUGCAAGCUAGAGGGGAGAGAGAUGCCAGUCUAUAGGAGUCUAAUCCCUACUGGGCAACCUUCGCUUCACUGGGAACUGACCUUCAUGUGCUCUCCUCUGCGUCAUGGGAAACUCAUGAUGACAACCCAUUAACUAAUGUCACAUGCCCACCUCACAGGUCUGUGAGGACUGAUAUCGUGUUACAGGAUUUUGUCAAAGACUAGAGGGAUGGGGUCAAGGUGGGAUGUGAGCCACGUUCUUAGACCUUGUCACUGUCUUUAUGCCCCCUUAUGCCUCCUGAUUUGCAUUCACAGAGCUUGCUAAUUCUUUGGGGCAUGUGUCCGUGCGAUGUGUGUGAUCACUUUCAUGAAGAGCUGUGGGAAGUAUAAAUCUCUGUCCUCCUGGAGUGGGACCUUCUCGAAACCCUAAUGCCCUGAGCCCUAGAAUGUGUGCUACAGAAAGGCCUUGGGUUUGCAGGGAAGGUUCUGUCUGGUGUGGGCCACAGUCAGGGUGUCCCUCUGGGGUCUUGUGAAUACACUUUCCAGUCUGCAUAGCAGAGGUAACCGCCAUAGCUGCCACAUCCACCAUGUCCAUCACCCAGGGGAGACCAGGGCAUCUCGGGCUGUGGAUGUGCAUGGUGUGUUCUGUGGAGAAAUGGUACAAGCGUGCAGCCCACACAUCACUGCAAGGCCACCCCAUUAGACGUGAGCAUGAAGACAUGGUUUGUGAACUCUCCCCCCAAAAGAGUGUCAGGGGUAAUUAUUUAUAGCUAACAUGAAUUUUUUUAAACCCCAGGGAGUUCUUAAAAUAUUUUCUUAUCAGAACAUUUAUAUGGUGUGCUGAGUGAAACAAAAACAGUAAAAACUUCUUCAUCUGAGUGGAACAUAAAUAGGAAACAAAGAGAACAAAAAUACCAUGAAAUGAUAAUUUUUACGAAGCUGAAAUUUUUAGACAAAGCUUUUGGGAACAAAAAUGCAUAACAUGUUUAACAGUGGUACUCUGGGAGUGAGCAAUUAAAAUAUCACAUUGAUCUUUGUGCUAAUGCUUUCAAAAAUUACCAUGUAAUACAAUAUGAAGUAUUUUCUUUUUGAAAGUAAGUUUAUUUUGGCUAAAACAUUCUGUAUUUAUGAAGUCAAUGGGAAGAUUGAAGGUAGUUUUAAGGGUUAGUUCCUGCUCGACAGAACUUGAAUAAUUCUUGAUUUGGAUAUUGGUGCAAUUUGACUACAAGUCAAGGCUCAGCCUUUGCAUAAACCCUCGGACAUAGAGCUAGAGGACUCUGGCAUGGAGGAAGUUUGAAAUUGUUCUGAGUGACUUAGUUACAGCCUCAGACAGACUCAGUACAGAAAAUGGAAGCGUGAUUAACAGGAAGUAGGGAACUGGUAUUAUCCAGGUUAGUUUCUUUCUGGCCAGCUAAGCAUUUCCCACUACUAACAACACUAAGACGACAGCCUCAAAGUUCUGUUAAUCCUAUCUUUACAAGGGACCACCAAUAAGGAAAAGAACCAGACAAUAAAUCAUCAACCCACAGUCCCAGCCAUUGCUUAGUUAGUUCUAGUGUAAUAAAUUUUUUUAGGGCCUCCCUGCCCCCUCAUACUGGGGACUGAACCUGGGGCCUUACACAUGCUAGGCAAAUGUUCUACCACUCAACUACAUCUUCAGUCAUUGCUACUGCCUUCUUAAAAUUGUGAAACCGGGUCUUGCUAAAUUGCCCAGGCUGGAUUUGAACUUGAGAUCCUCCUGCCUGUCACCUGAGUAGCAGAGAUGACAGACAUGCACCACCAUGUCUUGCCUAGGUUGCCCCCCAGCCCCAUUGCUCUUUUGAUACCUAAGGAGGGUGCCACAUGGGACACAGGCAACCAACCACCUUUGUUGCAAGUCCUGCACCAUCCAGAUGAGUGUGCAUUCUAUCCCUGGGAAACGCACCCACUGGCCAUUACAGUAAUUACCCACACAUUCUCCUGCCUGUGUCUGGGCCCUUGGUUUCACUGCAUCUGGAUUUAGCCAAGCAGGGGAAGUGACGCUUUCCGUCAUGAGGGCCUGCUGUGCGCAGCCUGUUUUAGGCUGGUGUUGGAGCAGCGGGGGUUGAACAUAGCUCUGUUGUUGUUUACAACAAACAAAUGUUUGUUGUUUUGAGUAUCCUAGGCCUUUCUCCCUUCAGAUGAAGGGUUUUGAAUGAUCUGAUUCCCUCUGCUCCAAAUAUGUCCUGUAAGGAUAACCCUUUUAUGUCAAGGUGCUGUAUUUGUGUUGGGGAACAUCCUCCAGGUCUGUUUUAAAGGCCACUCUCUCUUUAAUUCAUAGUGUCUACUUCUAAGUACUCCUUUAUGGAUAUAUCCACUCCUCCCAGAGUGUGUGUUCCUUCAGGGCGAGAGUUCUCCUGUAGCUAAGCAGGAUCUCACUUUUUCCAAGUCCAGAUUUUAAAAGGAAUUAAAUUAGUAAACCAUGAACAGGACACAGAUUUUUGAAUCAAAGACCAAACUCUCUUUGCUGUGUCAUGGAAUAGUGAUGUUCAGCCUUGCCUUAGACUGGUGCGGCCAGGGUUCCAGACUUGAUUUGGCCUAAACUCCAAAAACAUGAGUGAUGAAUACAGGGUUAUACAGACAGAUUUUAAUGAAACAAUUCUCCUGCGUACCAUUAACACAGAACGUUCCCUCAGAUUCUUGGGAGCAACUGGCAGUCCUGGGAGGGGCGCCUGCGGGACGUCCACAUGCAUUUUGUUCUAACGAACCUUCCUGUGUUCUCUCUGCCUGUGCCUGUCCCCAGGCUUGUCACAUAUCAGGCUUAACUACAAAGGGUUAAACCAAAAUAACCCCCUGAAAAGAUUUUUCUUAAAACAUUGAGGUGGGAACAUAAGACAGCGGUCAGCCAAACAGCAAAUCUGAGGAGCCUUAACUAUAUUAAACACAGAACAGCGCAGAAUCAACCAGGGCUUUUGCAGUUUGACUAUCUUUAUCUGGAUUACUUCACCUGCUAACUCAGCAGCAAGGCCAAUUAUUUUAGAAAAAAAUCAGUUACCAAUUCCCAGCAGAGCCAUGGUGAUAUAUAAUGUAUUUAUAUAUAUACGGGGACACAUUUAAGUUGAAGCAAUCCUAGAUUUUUCUAGCAUGUGAAAAUAAGGUUGGUUUCUCUUUACAUCUGCAAAGGGGAUCACAUUGUUGACACUUUUUCCAUUUCUUUCUUUCUUUUUUCUGUACUGGGAAUCAAACUCAGGACCUUGUGCUCCCCAAGCAGGCGCUUAUGCCACUGAGUUAUAUCCCUAGGUCCAACAUCUUUCCAAAUUUAAGGUUUUGAGUUAUAUUUUGAACAAAAUAUUUUUUAUUUACUAAAGUUUGAUUUUUUUGCUUUUUGCUGGUCAUCAGGGUCUUCACACUGUGCUACCUUCUGAGCACUUUUUACAUCCCGAGACAGCAGUUUACUAAAUCAGAAGGUGCUUAGCUUGGCAGUUCUGCCUCAGCCUCCCAGAGUGCUGAGAUUACACCACCAUAGAUACAGACAGCUCUUUAAACUGCUAAAACUUUAAAAAACACAAUAAAGGUUUAUGUAAAGAAAAAAAAAGUAACAAUAAGAAAAUAACAUUAUUUGUGAGCUGUGUGCUGGAGUUCUCACUGCCGCACACUUGGACAUUUAUCCCUCGUCAGUGUUACCUUUCAGGCUCAUGGUCACAAGAAACAGGUGAUAGAGCUAACCACAGGAAGCCCAGGUCCACUGCACAAAGUGGUCAUACAGUUCAGGUAGUUAAAUAUUCAAGACCGGGGGACGUGGCCCACUGGUAGAACUCUUACCUAGCAUGUGAGAGACAAGACCCUGGCUUCUAUUGCUAGCACUGCAGAAAUGGAAUUUUAAUUAAAAGAAUUGUUUUUAUUUCUGCCACUGGCCUGCAUUCUUCAGCCUAAAAAAAAUACUUUAAAAUUGCAACUGCCUAUCAUACCCCAAACUCCCAGUUUGCAUAACACUCCUGUAGACACAAAGCAUGUGAACUCCUGAUAUAGAAGUUCCUUCCAUCUAUUGUAUGUAUGUAAAUUAAACUCCUUGGGCAAACUGACCUGCUUGGGGUCAUAAAACUACGUAUAGCCAAGGGCAGACAAUUCAGUUCUUUCUGCCUGGACAGUGCGACUCCUGGUGCAGGACUGUGUUGCUUGGCCUGUGUGAUGGUACAGUGGAUUGCUCACGGUUGCCUUCUGCAGUACCUUUAGACCCUAACUUCUCAGCUUAGACAGGGGUGCAUGAACCUUCACAGAACAGCAGUGACAGACAGGAAGUGAGGUGAGUUAUAUUCCGGUCUCCCAGCCAGGGGUUCUGCCAUUAUCUGCUACUUCUGUGCUAUAUUGCUGUUCCCAAAACCUCGGGAGCCAAGUACGUGCCUAGGGAACUUACCCAGGUGAAUUUCUCACACCCCUAACGCAUCGCUGCUUCCCUGUGUGGUCUGGCACACUGAGGCAUGAAAACAUGCAUUUGUCUUUCGUGGCUCUCAAACUCACCGACACUGGCACCAGUGGCAGAUCCACAAGGUGCACUUGUCUCUGUGCUAUCUGAUCUUAUUCCCAUUUUUGUUGAAGUUGACUUUUUUUUUUUUUUAAGCCCAAGGAUCCUAUUCACUCUGUAGGGCAGCCUCUGUUACUCAAUAAUAGCUUUCCUCUAUGUGAAGGGCAGGAGUUUGAUGCAACUCUGGAAGUUUCUGGUAACUCUAGCAUUGAUGUUACAUUUUUUCUGUGUCGGUGUCUAAAUGCCAUGAAUACUGGCCCUAGAACUAUCAUUUGGUGGUCCUGGGAACUUCAGAGCCUGCUGUUAGACAUUUUUAUUUUUCCCAGGUGGAUGCUUUGUACCAUUAGAAUAAUUUGACUGCCAUUCAUAGGUUUUUAAAUGUUGGCCUUUUAACAAAUGUAUGAAAGCAGGUUUUGAGGCUUGUUCUCCAUUUCCCUGGGUACUACUGUUCUUACUGUCUCUUUAAUGUGUAUGGAACCAACUGUUGCAGAAAGAAGUUUAAUGUGACAUAAAUAAACUGUUUUUCAUAA